GUAGUGAUUUUUCAUCGUUAUAUAUUUGUUAUAUCAAGUUAUUUGUGAAUAGGGUUUGAUUACCCCAUUAAUUUGAGGUAGUGCCGAUAAAGUGGUUUACUUGGUUGUGUUGUCAACAGCGAAAACCACCGAGCCUUUUUAUGGCAGGAACAUUAUAGAAAGCAGAAUCAGGAAGCGCCGAACAAAACACUACGCCAACACUCAGAGGGCGAGGAAAAAGAGUGCAUACCGAAAAGAUGCCACCAGCAAUCCGAAAGCGGCGAUUCAGAGUACGGUACGCGCGGAAGAAGAGAAACUUCCGAAGAAACAGAAAAAACUUCCGAACCAAGUGCACAUCCAGAAGGCCAGAACAGCCCAUUCCACAAAGGAACAACUCGUCGUGGAAGUCAUUGAAGUCUUCAAAGAAGUGAACGAGAUACACGAGCUGUAUGAUGAGGACGAGGAACGUAUCGUAGAAAUUUUAGACGAAGAAGAUGAUGAGCAAGGUAAAUGGAAUCAAGUCCGAGGCGGGAAAGAAGAGCAACUCACUUGA